UCUCUCUCUACCAAAAUGUGUCCUUCACCAUUGCCCUACUUUUUAAUCCUAGCAGUGCUCCUGGUUCAAGUAAGCUGCUUUCACUUCAAUUUUCCGAACUUCCAGGGCGAUGCUGCAAACCAGCUUAUCUUGAGCAAAAAUUCUUCCAUAGCCUUGGAUGCCAUCCAAGUUACCCUCGACGUUAAUGGAGCUUCCAUGCAAAACAGAGCGGGACGAGCCUUGUACAAUAAACGUUUUAGUCUCUGGAAAAGCAAUGGCGCCAUUGCUUCUUUUGAUACAACUUUCGUCCUCAAUAUCCUAAACCAAACAUCUGCUGGAGGUGAAGGCUUGGCGUUUAUAAUAACUGGGGAUUCCAGUGUUCCCGAUAACAGCGAAGGGAGAUGGCUUGGGAUUGUAGACUCCCGUACGAAUGGUAGUCGUGAAGCCGGCGUAGUGGCGGUGGAGUUCGACACGAGGAAGAGCGACGACGGAGACUUGGACGGCAACCAUGUUGGCUUGAACAUAAAUAGCAUAAACUCCAUCUCUCCAGUUUCUUUAACUGGCUUUGGUUUUAAUAUUUCAGGAGGUUUGGAUUUGUUGGUUCAUCUUCAAUAUGAUGGAGAAAACUUGACUGUGAGGGUAAACGAUGUUCUUGUGCUUUCCCAACUUGUUGAUCUCUCGAUCUCACUUCCAAACAAGGUGUUCGUCGGAUUCUCUGCAUCAACAAGCAAUGAGACGCAGUUAAACUGUGUCAAAUCGUGGUCGUUUUCGGGAACCGAUAUUGACGGAGACGAUAACUUUUCGUGGGUUUGGAUCUUGAUUCCGACGGUGGUCUUGACGAUGUUGAUCAUCGUUUUUGUUAUUUACUUGUAUUGGAGAAGAGGCCGCAUCGAAGACGAUAUGGAAGGGGCAGCACGUGGAAAUAUAGAAGAUGAGAUCAAUCGAUCCGGUUUUGGUCCUAAGAAGUUCCGAUUGAAAGAAUUGAAACAAGCAACUGCAAACUUCAGCCGCAAGAACAAGCUGGGGAAAGGUGGAUUUGGAACUGUCUAUAAAGGAUCAUGGAUGAACAAGGAUGUCGCUAUAAAAAAAGUAUCCAAGAAAUCGAAUCAAGGCAAGCAAGAAUUCAUAGCGGAAGUAACAACAAUCGGCAACCUCAAUCACAAAAAUCUCGUCAAGUUAAUCGGAUGGUGUUACGAGAGAAGCGAGCUCCUCCUUGUGUAUGAAUACAUGCCGAACGGAAGCCUUGACAAGUUCAUAUUCUGCAAUCACAAGGCAAGUACCGAGGAAUGUUGGACACUCAACUGGGAGCAAAGGCUAACCAUCAUACGAGGAGUGGCUCAAGCACUCGAGUAUCUUCACAACGGUUGUCAAAAGAGGGUGCUUCACCGCGACAUAAAAGCCAGCAACAUAAUGUUGGAUUCGGAGUACAUUGCCAAGCUAGGGGAUUUCGGAUUGGCUCGAACUGUUGAAGGAAAAGAGAAGACACAUCAUUCCACCAUAGAGAUAGCAGGUACACCUGGUUAUAUGGCUCCUGAGACCUUUCUUAUAAGCCGAGCCACCGUGGAAACCGAUGUUUAUUCGUUCGGCGUUCUCGUCCUCGAAGUUGUUUGCGGGAGAAAGCCUGGUAACCAAAGUGAGCAGAAUAAUUACAACAAUAGCAUUGUCAACUGGCUGUGGGAAUUCUAUAAGAACGGGAAGAUCACUGCCGCUGUUGAUUCCAGGAUGGAUGCGAACUUUGUCAAGAACGAAGCCGAGCGUGUGCUAAUUCUGGGAUUGGCAUGCUGCCAUCCUAACCCGCAUUACAGGCCUUGUAUGAGUAGCGUUUUGCAAGUUCUUUCAGGGGAAGCUGAUCCACCUGACGUGCCCCAAGAGAGGCCUUCAUUUGUGUGGCCAGCCAUGCCCCCAUCUUUCAGUCAAAUGGAUUAUUCUCUUAGAGGCAGCCAACUCACUCCAUUUACGGACCUCACCGGUCGGUAGAGUCUAAAGUCAAUGGCGAGCAGGUUUUCACAGGCUAGUUUAACA